GCGGCGCCGCGCGCAAGUCCGCGAGAGCGAGAGGGUGGGACGUGGGAGUCUGGGAGACGCUGCGGCGAGCGGAGAUGGCGAGGGGGAGGGGGUGGGCGCGCGGGGCGGUGGCGUUCGCGUGCGCGGCGGCGGCGGUGGCGGCGGGGAGGAGGUACGGGUGGGACGGGGAGGCGGCGUUCCGGAGGCGGAGGGACGCGCUGGGGCCCUGGGCGGCGCCCGCGUACGUGGCGGCGCACGCGCUCACGCUCGCGGUGUGCCCGCCCUACGCCAUCUUCUUCGAGGGCGCCGCCGCGCUCGUCUUCGGGUUCCUCCCGGGCGUCGCCUGCGUCUUCUCCGCCAAGGUGCUCGGCGCCUCGCUCUCCUUCUGGAUCGGGAGGGCAAUUUUCAGAAUCUUUACUUCAGCAAUGGAUUGGUUAAAGAGUAACAAGUACUUCCAUGUUGUGGUUAAAGGAGUUGAACGUGAUGGCUGGAAAUUUGUGCUACUUGCUAGAUUUUCUCCUCUGCCUUCCUACAUCAUUAACUAUGCUCUAUCUGCCACCGACGUUGGGUUUUUCAAAGACUUUCUACUUCCCACAGUAGUUGGUUGCUUACCGAUGAUCCUACAGAAUGUUUCGAUUGUUAGCCUUGCUGGAGCUGCAGUGGCUUCGACCACAGGAUCUGAGAAAUCUCGAAUAUAUUCUUACUUGUUCCCGGUCCUUGGGAUAAUGUCUAGCGUUCUCAUUUCGUGGAGGAUCAAGCAAUAUUCUUCUGCCCUUGUUAUUCCUGAAGAGCUUAAAAAUCCGUCUACUAAUGGAAAGGCUAAUGUGGAAUGUAAGCCGACUUCAGUACUGUCUGAAAAUACCAACUUUGGGGAAACUAGGAAAAGAAUGUGACCAUCACAAUUUCUUGCAUAUUUGCACUGUGAAGAGCUACUAGUACAAAACAUGUUGAGUUAGAUGCAGACCAAGAUGCCACAGAGGUCAAUGACUACCGUAAACUAUGCUGUCUGUUUCAUGCCAUUGUUUUUGGGGCAUUUAACAGAUGCUCAGUUUGCUACUCUCUUAUUUCUGCCUUUAAGCUCUUCUCUUUCUGAUAGAUGCUAUUGCAAGGUGAAACUACGUAGAAGUUCAGAUGCUGUAUCUAAGUUUAAUAUGGCGGUUUAGGAUUGUCUUGUUAAAUUAUAUCCAAGGAAACCAGUAUUGGUUUUUCUUCCCCAUUUGUACUAAACUCAUAUAUAAACUUCAUAGAAUCAAGUGUUCUAUUGGACCAGAAUUCAGAACUAUUGCUGCUGUUCCAAAGUACAACAGCUGUAUUAGAUUUUUAUUUAUAAGCAGUUGUACAUAUAUACUCUUCUUUACCCACAAUCCAAAGCAAUUUCUGUAGU